UGGUAGUAGCUUCACCUUCACAUAAGAAAAUGAAUUGUCUCUUUCUCUUUAUCUUCUUAGUAUUAACAGUAUCAGCAUUACCAAUUAGCAGAGCCAAAGUACCUGCAAUAAUAGUCUUUGGAGACUCAUCAGUGGAUUCAGGAAACAAUAAUCACAUCCAAACUAUCUUGAAGAGCAAUCACAAUCCAUAUGGUCGUGAUUUUCAAGGUGGCCAACCCACAGGUCGUUUCUCCAAUGGUAGAAUCCCUCCUGAUUUCAUCUCUGAAGCUUUUGGUCUCAAACCCUCCAUUCCUGCUUACUUAGAUCCAGAAUUCACUAUAAAGGAUUUCGCCACCGGAGUUUGUUUCGCUUCCGCCGGAACCGGCUACGAUAAUUCCACCUCCAAUGUCUUGAAUGUGAUACCAUUAUGGAAGGAGAUAAUGUACUACAAGGUGUACCAGAGAAGAUUGAGGAAAUAUCUUGGGAUGGAGAAGGCGAAUUUGAUAUUAAAGGAAGCAUUGUAUUUGAUAAGUAUAGGAACUAAUGACUUCCUCGAGAAUUACUACACAAUCCCCGGCGGCCGGUCAUCGCAGUUCAACGUUGGUCAGUACGAGGAUUUUUUGAUAGGAAUUGCAGAGAAUUUUGUGAGGGAAUUGUAUAGGCUUGGAGCAAGGAAGAUAUCACUAAGUGGGUUAGUUCCUAUGGGUUGUUUGCCUUUGGAGAGAACUACGAAUGUGAUGGCUGGGAAUGAGUGCAUUGAGAAGUACAAUGAUGUGGCUAAGGAAUUUAAUAUGAAGCUUCAAUGGUUGGUGCUCAGGUUAAUUAUGGAGCUGCCGGAGAUCAAGUUGGUCUUCUCUAACCCUUACGACCUAGUUCUUGAGAUCAUUCAAAACCCUUCGUUUUUUGGAUUUGAGAAUGCAGCAGUGGCGUGCUGUGGAACAGGAUUGUUUGAAAUGGGAUACUUAUGUGAUAGUUACAACCCCUUCACCUGUGUGGAUGCCAACAAAUACGUUUUCUGGGAUUCCUUCCACCCUACUGAGAGAACUAGUCAAAUUGUGUCUGAUAAUUUAAUGAAGACUGUCCUUGCCCCCUUCCUAUGAAUACAAAUACCAUCUCUCUCUCUCUCUCUCUCU